CGGACCUCUCCCGAUCACCGCCGAUUAAACAUAUAAAGUUUGGGUGGCUGGGAAGUGACGAACCUCUGACGAAGAUCUGCAGCUGGAACGCGCUUAUUAUAUUUUUCUGAAUAUGCCCGAUAUCGUAACAAUUUCAGGUUUGCUGGAUCGCCUUCGAGAUGGCGUCGUGACCGGAGACGGAGGUUACGUCAUUGCCCUGGAAAAACGAGGCUAUGUUAAAGCAGGGAACUGGACUCCAGAGGCCUCCGUGGAGCACCCUGAAGCCGUUAAGCAACUUCAUCGCGAGUUCCUUUUGGCGGGGAGCGACGUCCUCCAGACCUUCACGUUCUUCUCUACCGACGACGUACUGGACCUGAAGAACGGCCAGAAAUUCUCUUGUUCUCAACUAAACGACAGCGCUUGUACACUGGCUCAUGAAGUGGCAGCAGAAGGCGACGCGUUGGUAGCCGGAGGAAUUACACACUGUUAUGCCUACCGUGAAGGAAAAGGGAAGAAGGAAGUACAGGCCGUCAUCAGGACCCAGCUGGAUACGUUAAGGAAGAACAAAGUCGAUUUCCUUAUCGUUGAGUAUUACAUUUACGUCGAGGAAAUUGAAUGGGCAAUCGAGGAAGCGAAGAAGUACGGGUUGCCUGUGGCGGCGUCCAUGUGCAUCGGCAAGGAGGGCGACCUAACCGGCGUCCCCCCGGGGGAGUGUGCCGUCAGGAUGGCCCGCGCAGGCGCCGACGUCGUUGGCGUGAACUGCCUGUUCGACCCCGUGAUGACCAUCGACACCAUCAGGCUCAUGAAGGAGGCCCUCGACGCCCAAGGUCUCCACCCCUUUCUCAUGACGCAGCCCAACGGAUUCUUCUCGACGGGCACAGACAGAUACGGAUACCUCAGCUGCCCUGAAUAUCCGUUGGCCUUGGAGUCCCGUACGGUUACGAGAUUCGAUGUGCACAAGUACGCCCGCGCAGCCUACGAUGUGGGCGUGCGUUACAUAGGCGGCUGCUGCGGCUUCGAGCCCUACCACAUCCGCGCCAUCGCCGAAGAACUGGCCGAAGAGCGGGGGAAACUCCCGGCCUCAAGCGCCAAACACGAGCCUUGGGGCGCAGGCAUCAGGAAUAGUUCAUACGAAUUCAUUAACGCGAGAGCAAAUCGGGAGCACUGGGAGAACCUAGUCCCUACCACAGGCCGACCGGGUCCCGCCUCCCAUCACUUCAAGAAACUUCAUUGAGGUUAAGUCAAGGGUUUCGUUUAGUAUAAUUUUCUUCGCUUCUUACAUUAGAGAAAAGAGUUGUUCUUGUAAAGGUAAUAAUUGAUUGUUGUUAUGAUUUAUUGCAAUGCAUGAAACACAUUCUGAAUAGUGUGUAGUGAUUCUGACGUUAAGAAUGUAUUAUGUCAAACAGUCAAUAAAAGCUUGUUUGAA